AUGGUCGUCGGUUUGCUCAGCAUCCCGCGGGAAAUUCGCGACUUGAUCCUCGGCGAAUGCAUCUUCCUUCCCGACCGCCAACCGCCGCCCAAUCCCUCAGUCAGCCAGGACCGCAAGAGGCGCGAAUACAAGGGCAAAGGUUUUUUCGAUGGCCACGACAUUUGGGUUGAGAAGAAGAUUCACUCCCCGCCUUCCGGCUCCCCCAACACCAACAUCUUCCUCGUCAAUCGACAGAUACACGCCGAAGCCAAGGCGCUGCUUGCGACAAGGGGGACGCAUUGCCGUCUCGAUGUAAUGUAUGUCAAAGAAUGUGGCUUGUGGCCGACUUGGCUCGCGGUGCCAAGAGCGACCCGCCAUGCCGACAGCGUCCGAGUCCAAUUUCGAAUUUUCGACCCCCCCUCCGAUGUCAACCCUGACUGGAAGAACGAGGAACAGUUUCGAGGCGGUAGCGGCGGUCCGCCCUUCAUCGUCUGGAAUUUCUACGCCAUGCUGUCUGGUUAUUUGCAGUAUGGCCCGACCGCCUUCAGUAGUAUCGUCGCCGACCCGGCAAAAUUCACCAUCAAGAACCUCGUGCUCGACGUUCUGCCACCGCCCCCUGGCCAGAAGCACGAUCGGCUCGUCUCCGGCGGUGCACCGCGGCCGCCCGCCCAUGACAUGUUUGAAAGGUUCACCACCAUGGUCAUGGACGCGGAAAAGCGAGAGAGCCGGGGGAUCACUUGGCCCCGUCCGCCACAAGGCAAGGAGCACCUCAUCCCGGCCGAGAAGCUGGCUUUCUUCAUGUGCUGCCAGAUCGGAGGUCUCCUGUCCAUGUAUCGUGAUUGGGCCGACUUCGGCGCCGCCCUGUACGAAGGCAUCGGGACCAUUCAGAUCCGCGUCAACGGCGAACUCAGACGCCAUUUCGACCUGGACGAGAUGCUCGCCAGGCUACCCAUCCAGCCGAUCGCGGCGUGGAACGAGAAGGAACAGCAAAAGAGACAGAAGCGCUUCGACGACUGGAAAGCCCAAGCGAUAACAACGAGACAAGGUUGGAAGAAAUGA